AUGCAUCAGACGCUGGGCGCAGUACGCCUUGCAUACCGUUCGCGUAUCGCUAGCCUCGUGAAAUCAGGUAUGAUAGACAACGCUGCUCAGGUGUUCGAUGAAAUGCGUCACUCAAGCUACCGUGUUUUCUCCUCCGAUUACAACCGUUUCAUUGGGGUUUUGGUGAAAGAGUCUAGAUUUGAGCUUGCGGAGGCAUUGUAUCGAGAUAUGAAGCCAAUGGGGUUCUCUCUCAUUCCUUUCACUUACUCGAGGUUUAUCUCGGGUUUAUGUAAAGUUAAAAAAUUUGAGCUUAUUGACGCUCUUUUGAGGGAUAUGGAAACCCUCGGAUACAUACCGGAUAUAUGGGCGUUCAACAUUUAUUUGGAUCUGUUGUGUCGAGAGAGAAAGGUUGGUUUUGCUCUUCAAACGUUCUUUUGUAUGGUUAGGAGAGGUCGGGAACCUGAUGUUGUAACUUAUACUAUACUUAUUAAUGGGUUAUUUAGAGCUGGUAAGAUCACUGAUGCUGUUGAGAUUUGGAAUGAAAUGAUUCGUUGCGGGGUUAGACCGGAUAAUAAAGCAUGUGCAUCACUUGUUGUUGGGUUAUGUAACGCUCGGAAAGUUGAUUUGGCUUAUGAGAUGGUGGCAGAGGAGAUCAAGAGUGCAAGAGUUGAGCUUAGUACAGUGGUUUAUAAUGCGUUGAUUAGUGGGUUUUGUAGAGCGGGUAGAAUAGAAAAGGCAGAAGCUUUAAAAUCGUUUAUGAGUAAGAGUGGGUGUAAGCCGGAUCUUGUUACAUACAAUGUGUUGUUGAAUUACUAUUAUGAUAACAAUAUGUUGAACAAAGCGGAAGGGGUGAUGAGGGAAAUGGUAAGAAGUGGGAUACAGCCUGAUGCUUAUAGUUCUAACCAGUUGCUUAAGCGGCAUUGCAGGGUUGGUCCUCCUGAUAAAUGCUAUUCGUUCAUGAUAAAGGAGAUGGAGCCUAGAGGUUUCUGUGAUGUUGUCUCCUACAGUACUCUGAUUGAAACGUUCUGUAGGGCGUCAAACACUAGGAAGGCUUACAAGCUCUAUGAGGAAAUGAGACAGAAGGGGAUAGUGAUGAAUGUGGUCACGUACACGAGUCUUAUCAAGGCUUUUCUUAGGGAAGGUAACUCUAGUGCUGCAAAGAAGCUCCUUGAUCAGAUGACCGAGUUAGGUCUGUCACCAGAUCGCAUAUUUUACACAACAAUUUUGGACCAUUUGUGUAAAUCCGGGAAUCUCGACAAGGCAUAUGGUGUUUUCAAUGACAUGAUAGAGCACGAAAUUACACCAGAUGCGAUUUCAUACAACGCCCUAAUAAGUGGCCUCUGCAGGUCUCGUAGAGUAACUGAAGCUAUAAAAUUGUUUGAGGACAUGCAGAGCAAAGAAUGUUGUCCUGACGAGUUAACUUUCAAGUUCAUUAUUGGAGGACUCGUACGGGAAAAUAAAUUAUCAGCAGCCUACAAGGUUUGGGAUCAGAUGAUGGAUAAAGGAUUCACCCUUGACAGAGAUGUGUCCGAUACACUCAUCAAGGCUAGCUGUUCAGUGAGUGCUGAUGCGUAG